UUUGUAACGCAUAUAUUGACAUAUGAUAUCUCGUUGCUUGGUUUAAUUGAGGAAACAUUGCAUAUUGAAUACUUUACUCGCUACGUUAGAUGAAAGUAUAGUCAGACGUAAACAUGUUCCUCGUACGUAGAAUGUUUGGACUUUAUUCUACACCGUGGAUUCUUCCUGAUGACGGAGUGUCGUGGGAUCAAAAAACGUAUGACGAUAUGUUGAAUGUUGUUGCUACAACAAAGGCAGAAGACAAAGUUCAAAAGCUCAAUUUUUUGGUACUUGGCCCUCAAGGACAUGGCAAAUCAUCAUUUAUAAAUUCAAUUGCGUCGCUGAGCAAAGGGGAGAAAACAUCUAUCUGUAAUGCCGGCGGAGGAAGGUCAGCUGCCGGCGACAAUAUUACAACUGUUUACAGAGAGCUGAAUUUUCCUGGCAAGUUUCAGUGGUUCCGAUUUUGCGAUGCUAGAGGUCUUACCAAGAAACGGACAGAAUCCGAGAGCUUACUGCAAGACCUGAAGAAAGUGGUUCGCGGACAUGUCAGAAGUGGCUAUAAGUUUCUCCCAGAAGGGUCCAUCAAGGAAGACAACGAAAGCUUUUACAUAAAGCAUCCCUCUUUAGCCCAGAGAAUGCAUGGAGUCAUCAUUGUAUUUGAUGUCAAUGAAGCAUAUGACAUCCAUGCCAACCAUAUAGAAGACUUACAUGAAAUUACACAGACAUUGAAUGAAAUGAAUGUUCCAGUCUCACUCAUACUUACAAAGGUGGAUGACAUAUGCCCAUGUGUAAAAGAUAAUAUGUCUAAUAUAUACCACAGCAAGAAAGUAAUCGAUGCUGCGGAAAAAAUUCAUGCAUUUCUGGGUAUACCAAAGCAAAAUAUAUAUCCUGUCGCUAGUUUUGAAGACAGAGUCAAGUUCGGAUGGAAGGAAGGUUUGCCUUUACUGAGGGCAAUCAAAGCCUGUCUAAAAACAGCAAAAGACCAUCUGUAUAACGAGGGCGAAAAUGAGAAACCUAAUGCAAAAGGUACCUUUGCUGAUGUCAGUCCUAUGUAGAUCGUAUCAAUUUGUCCAAAGCAAGUCAAGAGCCUACGGUGACGAUACGUUUACAUUUGAAACUAGUGCAGCUUGACUGGAGUUUUUACUAAUGAGGCCCAUUGAGGAGCAAGGACACAAUCUCAUGAAAAUUCCGAAAUUGUAAUCAUUUAUGGUGCCACAUGUUUAAAACUCCGUGUUGUUUAUCAUUUGGUUCGUACAAACUGAUGACAUAGUUUUCUAUUUUUGAUCUGAUGACAUAGUUAUCUAUUUUUGAUAUGUGCUUUCCGGAUUUUUUAUCGUAGCUAUUAUUUUCCGUACUACAUACUCAAUAACACAAAUUUAGCACAAAAAUCUAUAAUAAAAUCACAUGUAACACAAAAUGUGUUUAACAUGUGAUUGAUUAAAUGUGAGAAGCCAUGACAAAAUGGUCCCAAAUGACAUUUUUAUGGAAACUGAGUUUUUCACAUAUUCUGAACUGUACAUGUGUCCUUAACAUAAAUUCAGAAUUUUAGACCAGCAUGUUUUAAAAUAACAAAAUUAUAGCAUUUUUAUACAAUAACUCCCCAUCGCAAACUUGCAUUUUUUGUUUAAUAAUAAUGACAAAUACUAAAAUCAUUUACUUUUAUCAUAUAUUUUAAUUUCAUAUUUUGCCAUCAAUAUCAAAAGUAAUUAACAUGAUUAGCACAGUUGAUAAUGCCUUCUUGCUAUAAAUAUACUAUUUUAUAUUCAAAAAAUUGUCACAAUACAUGUUUCCAUAGCAACAAAAUACAAGAAUUGCUUUAAAUGUCAAUUUAACAGACAUUUUAGCCUACAUUUGAUGCAAAAAAAUGUAAAUUUAUAAAAUAUGUAUUAGUUCUCUAGAAGAACAAGAAUUUGUGAUUUUUCUGAUUUAUAUUCAUCUCAAAAUUAUCUUAAAGCAAUUCCAUAAAUAUCUAAUAUUUGCAAUGUGUCAUUCAACUUCAAAUGUAAGAUGCAUUGCUCAAUGACAGUGUCAAUUGAAAAUUAAAAGUAUCAGUGAUGAUUAUAUAACAUUAAAUUGUUUACAUAAUUAUAAUUAAAAGUCAUAUUACUCUGGUAUGAAAGCAGAUACACUUAAUACUCAAGUUCUGUUUCCAUGGCAACAACAUUUUUUAUAAAAUAAAGAAUUCAUUUUAACAUCUAUUUCCUUCAUUUUUCACAUAAAUUUUCAAGUAAAAGUAUCAUUUCAAAAUAUUCUUCCUGGAGGGAAGCUUUUUUCAACUUAUACUGUUGCAUAAAAUAUAUCUUCACUAAAAUAUUUAAUAUUUGGUAAUUACUUCAAAUGUAGAAAAUCAUCAAUAAAUAUAUUUAACUUUGCUUAAUGUAUAAAUCAACUGUGUAUGUAGAGCUCCAUUCAUAAUUUUAUGUCAUGCAGUACUAAACAGUAGAUUGUUGAAAAAUCUUCCAGUGUCUUAGAGGAAUUUCACAUUUAUACUGUGUUCAGCCUUACAUACAUACAGUGUGUCUAUAUUUAACCAAUGCAUAGUACUGCUGACACCAUAAACUUGUUAAUUCACUGUUUACAUAACUAUAUGUAGCAUUUUGUUCAUAUUUUGGGUCUAGUAAACCUUUAAAUACUCAAAAACACUUUCAAAUUAAUUAAAAUUUCAGGAAAUACCAAAUGAGCUGAGCUCUUUCUCUGUAUUACUUUAAAUGUUAAACACUUUUUUCCAUUCAUUCUUCGUUUUAAAUGACUGAGUUCUCAAUUUUAAUGGCUUUGGCACUGCUGGUUUUGAGCAUACAUUGCUGUUGCUGCAAAGGGGCGCUAUUUCAUUAUACAGGUACCACUGUCGACUGGCAUCCAGCUCAGGAAUGGUAAUACGGUUGGAGAAUUUGCCUGUCAUGCCAAUCCCCUGCCUAAAAGAUUAAUCUCCGUCUCUGUGUUGAAGUUAUAAUCCUUCAAGAAUACUAUACUAGGACAUGCAGAAUACAUUCUGUAAUGAUAAAUGUAUCAAUUAUUUAAGACAAAGAACCCUAAUAACCCUGUUUUCAAUCCUGAACAACAGCUGUCCAUAAGACAGCCAACACAUAAUUACAUUAAAUUACAUUUUAGAAUUUUAUUAUAGUAAUGACAAUCUCUUUUCAUCAAAAACUUCAACCAUCGCACAUAUUUUAUAUCAAGUAAGGGCCAUGAUUUUGAUCUCGUUUUAACAAAUAGUUCUUUAACCUGGUUAAGAAAAACAGUUACUGUAUUACAAUUAUGUUAUUUCUGUUGAACUGGCUUGCAGUGAGCUAGACACUCUUUAACAACAUAAAAAGAAACAGAAAAUGUGGCAUCUUAAUAUAAGUGGCCUAUUUACAGACAUGAACUCUGCAGCAAGUUUUAUCAAUACUUGAUUAUUACAAAAGAACUUAACUGCUUAAAGAGGUGACAAGCCAAAUAUACCUAAACAUGUUCAGGACUGAAUUCUGAAAGCCCGGCCUCAAUCAGGUUGUCCUCCAAGUCAAUCAUGUAGACCCAUCAUAACAAGCCUCAUUCCAGAACUGAAAUAAUGGUAUAUUUAAACAAUGAAUUCUUAGACAAUAACUUUUAAGUAGCAAUAGUGUAGUCCUUAGAAUAGAACAUAGCAUCACUUUAUUACAACAAUUAAAUGCCAGCUACACAGUUGAAUUUUUUAAUACAGUAUGUUAUGUAAGUAUGCAAUAUUCAAAUUUUAAAUUAAUGUUUAUCAGUGGAGAUAUGAUGUUUCAUUUACAUAAAAGUAUGCACAUAAUAUAUAUAAACUGGAAACCAGUGACUUUCCAAACUGAAGUGUAUGAUCACACUGUGAAAUUAAAUAUUUCAACAUCAAGUUCUGUGUGCUUAAUAAAUAUUUCUUUAUUUAUUGGGAA